AUGUUGGCAAGGUCCUGCCUGCGCUCGACGCGCGCGCUCCGAAAUGCACCCAUCACCAUCGCCAAGCGUGCGGCGUCAUCGUCCAGCGGUGCUGCCGAGGCUGCCCCUGCUUCUCUGAACAUCGCCGCCAUCGCUUCGACCGCCGUUGCCGCUGGCUCCAUGGCCUGGUACUACCACCUCUACGGUCCUACCGCUCACGCCAUGACCGCUGCCGAGGAAGGUCUUCACCCUACCAAGUACCCCUGGGUCCACGAGCAGUGGUUCAGCACCUUCGACCACCAGGCCCUCCGCCGUGGUUUCCAGGUCUACCGCGAGGUCUGCGCUUCUUGCCACUCCCUCGCUCGUAUCCCUUACCGAUCCCUCGUCGGUUCCGUCUUGACCGUCGACGAGGCCAAGGCCCUGGCUGAGGAGAACGAAUACCCCGGCGAGCCCAACGAUGAGGGCGAGAUUGAGAUGCGCCCCGGCAAGCUUUCCGACUACCUUCCUUCCCCCUACAAGAACGACGAGGCUGCCCGUGCGGCCAACAACGGUGCUCUGCCCCCCGAUCUGUCCCUCAUCGUCAAGGCUCGCCACGGCGGCUGCAACUACAUCUUCAACCUUCUCACUGGUUACCCCGACGAGCCCCCUGCGGGCGCCCAGGUCGCCCCCGGCAUGAACUUCAACCCUUACUUCCCCGGUACCGGCAUCGCAAUGGCUCGUGUUCUCUUCGAGGACCUUGUCGAGUACGAGGACGAGACCCCUGCCACCACCUCGCAGAUGGCCAAGGAUGUCGUCGAGUUCCUCAACUGGGCCGCCGAGCCUGAGAUGGACGACCGCAAGAAGAUGGGCAUGAAGGUCCUCAUUGUUUCUUCCACCCUCUGGGCCCUCAGCGUCUGGGUCAAGAAGUACAAGUUCGCCUGGCUCAAGAGCAGGAAGCUCGUCUACCAGCCUCCCAAGCAGACUGAUGUUCGCCGUUAA